UCAUUUCUUAUCAGUCUAUUAGGUCUCGGACUCUACUUUUUCUUAUGUGUAAGAUUAGGGUUGGCCAAGAAUGAAAAGCAAAUCAGUUGGUUGUUGACGUUUGCCAGUAGUGUAGUAUGUACGGUUGUUUCGUUGCCACAUUAUGUGAGAUUCUGGCGAUCUGGUUGGGACAUGCAAUUACUUGGUCUUGAAUCCACAGCUCAUACCAGUCUUGCCUGUUUUUUCAUGACCUAUCUGGUAAUGGAUCUCACCUUGGGAUCAAUGUAUUAUAAAAGUCGUAUCACCAUUGCCACCGGUUGGAUUCAUCAUUCGAUUUACAUUGUCAUUUUAUUUUGGUUGAUGCGAUGUCGAUCCACUUCGUUCUUUACUGUCAAUGCUAUUUUGGAAUUACCCACGGUGAUCCUGGCCUUGGGCUCCAUGCGUGCCAGUUGGCGAAGUGAUGUCCUUUUUGGUUUUUCCUUUUUUGUUCUUCGUCUUGUCUAUCAUGCCUGUAUGAUCGUGUCCGUCAAACAGUAUCAUCGUAUUGAAUCGCUUUGGCUCGUGGCUGUCUUGGUCUUCCCUCUUCAUGUCUAUUGGUUCUAUGGUAUUGUUCAACAACAGAUCAAACGU